ACGCCCCAAGGAACCUGCAGGUGUCCGUUUUCACGGAGAGCCAGAGUGGGAGCGUGGCCGUCUUCCAGUGUUCGGUGGACAGCAACCCUCCAGCCAGCUGGGCCCUGUACAAGGGAGCCGCCCUCUUGGCCACCAGCCAGAAGGAGGAGGGGCCGGCCUCUCCCCGCGUCAGCGUCACCACCGGAGCCAACGCCCUGCGGGUGGAGAUGACCGGCGUGGUGCCGGAAGACCAAGGCACCUACAACGUCACGGCCACCAACGCCCACGGGGCCACCUCCAGGCAGCUGUACUUCCGGGUGCAAAGUGAGGGCUGGCUUGGUUAG